AUGGCGACUUUGUGGAAUAUAGUGGUAGUUCUAGUUUUUAUUCAACAAGUUAUUGCAGUUCAACGCGAUUGCUCGGAUUUCGAUAAUUUGAAAAGUUGCAACGAAUGCAUCAGAUGCGGAGGAAAUUGGUGCAAAAAUAAAAAUGAGAAUCACCGAUGCUCCCUGUUGGCCUACGAUAACUGGUGUACGCAAGAUAAGGAAGACCUGUUGUAUUUCAGCAAUGAUAAAGAAGAAGGUGCACAGUUAAAUCCAAAGUAUCAAACGCAGACCCUCAAAGUUGGCAACGAUGAUAAAUUCAACGUUGUCUACCCAUCAAAAAUGCAAAAUCCAAAGACCGAGUUAACUGUGAAUUCGACUCAGAGCUAUGACUUCGAUGUUAAAAAUACAACCAGUUGUUACGACGGCACCUGCACCACUAGUAUCUACGUUAAACCGAACAUAAACUUCUGUGGACAUAAUGCAAGUCCAACUGAAUUCUUCAAUGUGAAACUGGCAGUAGAGGGAAUAACUGAGGAAGCCAAUUUGAAAGUCCACGUACCCUGUGCUUGCUCGUUUAAUGAUAAAAUUGAAGAAACCGUUGUUAUAUCGUGUAAUGGAAGAGGCACUAAUGUCGGUGGGAAGUGCAUUUGUCACCAAGGAUGGACUGGUAAAUUCUGUGAUGAACGUUGCGGAGAAAAACGAGGAGACGUGCCUUGUACGGAUUUGGCAAGAAACAAUGGUGAGUGUUCGGGCAACGGUAAGUGCGGCUCAUGCGAGAAAUGCGAAUGUUUCACCGAUAGAGAGGGAUCUCAAUACUUUGAUAAGGACAACUACUGUGCUGAUAUUUGCACAAUGACCAAUUACUGUGAUGACUGCUUCCUACAGCCCUAUGGAAAAUGUAGAGACUGCCACUUUUCAUUAUAUAAACAGCAUUAUAACGAAACAGUGUUAGACCAAAAAGAUGAUUUGGGCAGAAAAGUAUGGGUAAAAUGCAGUGUAAAUAUCGAAGAGAUCUACAUAGAGUACAUUGUCAUGAGGGACGAUAGAGACGAGACUUUUUUCAUGAUCUUAGAAUCCGGCAACGGUGAGCUGGUCGGCGCAGUCAGUGGUGAGUACAUACGUAUAGUA